AUGGUUCAUGAGGAGUCAGUGUUCAUUGAUCCAUCUGAGUAUCCACUUGGGCGAAAAGAUGAGACAGUUAUUGAUAACUAUCAUGGAACAAUGGUUAGAGACCCAUAUCGCUGGUUGGAAGACCCGGAUUCUGAAGAAACCAAAAACUACGUUGCAGAAUUGAAUAAGAUUUCAGAACCUUUCUUAAAGGCAUGCUCUUUACGAAGCAAGCUCAGUGAAAAAAUAACAGAAAUGUGGAAUUAUGAGAGGUACGGAUGCACAAGCAAGCACGGAGACUUCUAUUAUUAUUAUCAUAAUACUGGGUUGCAAAACCAAAGUGUCUUGUACAGACAGAAGGAGUUGGGUGGUAAGGCUGAGGUGUUUCUGGACCCUAACGUCUUUUCCGACGAUGGAACUACGUCAGUCAGCAUACAGCGAUUUUCUCCAGAUGGAGCCAUUUUGGCCUACGGUUUGUCUGAAGCGGGAAGUGAUUGGGUGACGCUUAAGUUUCGCAAAGUCGACGGAGAGGACAUGACGGAUAUCGUGCGUGGCGUAAAGCACAGCAGUAUUGCCUGGCUUUCUAACAACAGCGGCGUAAUAUAUUCAAAAUAUCCAGAUCACAAAAGUGCGCUAGAGGGUUGUUCAACAGAAAAGCACUCUUUCCAAUCAUUAUAUUACCAUAAAUUAGGGUCUUCUGAAGAAGACGUAUUAAUUGCAGACUUUCGGUGGGAUCCAGAACUUAUGUGUAGUGCUGAGGUUUCGGAAGAUGGGAGAUAUUUAAUAGCUGGCGUCAGUAAAGGUUGCGAUCCUGUCAAUUCUUUGUACUUUUAUGAUCUUAAAAAGGCAAACAAUCAAAUUAAUGGGAAACUAGAACUAACUCCUCUUUUUGUGAAGAACGACGCAAAGUACGAGUUUAUUGACAAUGACGAUAAUACGGCCUUGGUUUUAACGAACGCGAAUGCACCAAUGUGCAAGUUGAUUCGUGUGAAUAUGGAUGAAGAGAGUGAUAAUAAAGAAAGUUGGGAAACAGUGAUAGCAGAAAACGAAAAAUUCAAACUAGAUUGGGUAGUUCGAGUGUAUAACGAUUACUUGGUUGCGGCUUACAUAGAAGAUGUAAAGACAACUUUAUACCUUCACGAUGUAAGAACUGGGAAACGGAUUUGCCGACUUCCUUUGCCUAUCGGAUCCAUUUCUGUUUACUUUGGAAAAAAGGAGCUUUCUGAGUUUUUCGUUUUGUUUGAGUCGUUUUUUACUCCUGGUAUAGUUUACCACUUAGACUUGAAGGAGGCCACUAGCUCUCAAAAUGUCCAGUUGAAGGAAAUUCAUCGGGUAUUUUUGAAAGACAUAGAUGUUAACGAGUUUUGCUCGAAACAGGUGUUCUACUCAAGCCGAGACGGCACGAAGAUUCCAAUGUAUAUACUAUCAAGGAAGGAUGUGGUCCUUAACGGAGCAAAUCCUACUAUUCUAAAUGGUUACGGCGGAUUCAAUAUUGCUGACUUGCCGUACUUUUCUGUGUCACGGUUGCUGUUUUUAAAGCAUUUCAACGGAAUAUAUGCCAGCGCUAAUCUUCGUGGUGGCAGUGAGUAUGGUGAAAGAUGGCAUGAAGCUGGGAUGAGGGAAAACAAGCAAAACGUUUUUGAUGACUUUAUUGCUGCUGCAGAAUACUUAAUUAACGGUAAAUACACUUCAUCGAAGCGACUCGCAAUUCAUGGUGGUUCUAACGGUGGCCUGCUAGUUGCUGCGUGUUCACAGCAGCGUCCUGGACUGUUUGGUGCUGUUAUAAAUCGCGUUGGUGUACUGGACAUGCUUCGUUAUCACAAAUUCACUGUAGGAGGAGCCUGGAUUCCUGAGUAUGGCAACCCUGACGAUGCUUCAGACUUCCCGUUCAUCUACAAGUACUCGCCUUUACACAAUCUUCCAGCUCGUUUAGAAGUACAGUGGCCGUCCACAUUGCUCAUGACUGCAGAUCACGAUGACCGCGUCGUACCGUCGCAUUCUCUUAAAUACAUAGCAACGAUUUAUGAGGCAGUGAAGCAUUCAGAACUCAUACAGAAAAACCCGAUACUCAUUAGGGUCGAGGUGAAAGCUGGCCACGGGGCUGGGAAGCCCACUAGCAAAAUUAUUGACGAACUUGUUGACAUGUACAGCUUCCUUCAACGUGUGCUCCCGUUAGAGUGGCGAGACGGAUAG